CGUCUGAAGUGAAAAGUUAGUUUCCUGCGGUUGGCGUUUUAAGCGUUACUGUCGUGGUUUUGAUUUUAUGAACAUAACCAGGUAAGUGCAGAGAACAUUACAUCGUCAUCGUCAAACAUGAGGAUAGCAGGUGCAGUGAAGUAUGUUGUGGCCGUGGCGGCAGCUUUAUUGACCUUUUACAUCAUCUCUCAAGUAUUCGAAAUAAAGAUGGAUUCUAAUUUAGGCCAACUUCUAGCCAGGUCACAGCUGGACAUUGUCACACAUCCCACUACUAAGGCACCAAGAUACAGAUGUGGCAUUUCAAAGAUUUGUCCAGAGAAGCACUUUCCUUUCAAGAUUUCAAGCGGAGCAGCUAAUGUUGUCGGGCCCAAGAUUUGUGUGGAUGAUGUUGUUUUGAUGAGUGGCGUGAAGAACAAUGUCGGACGUGGAAUUAACACGGUUUUGUUGAACGGUAAAACUGGAGAAUUAAUUGAAACAAAGUACUACGACUUGUGGGGUGGAGAUGUAACCCCCUUCAUUGAAUUCCUUAAGAAGAUUCCAGAUGGAACAAUAGUUUGUAUGGCAACCUAUGAUGACGGAGCAUCAAAAUUGAAUGAUGAAGCCCGAAAACUGAUUUCAGAGCUUGGAAGUACAGUCAUCAACUCUCUGAGCUUCAGAGACAACUGGGUCUUUGUUGGUGGAAAAGGCAUAAAGACUAAAAGUCCAUUUGAGCAGCAUAUAAAGAACAAUAAAGAUACAAACAAAUAUGAAGGGUGGCCGGAAGUGGUGGAAAUAGAAGGCUGCAUCCCUCAGAAGCAAGAGUGACUGAAUAGACGAAGCAAGAACUCUACAAUGGACUGGGACAGGGAAUGCCUUUUACAACAGCCAACGAAGUAGAAUAUACUGAACAGUCUCAUCCAUCUUGUUGACAUGAGCAUAGUCCUACAUGAAAUUUAUUUAUUACUUCUACAAAUGGGUAUUUUUUAUAAAACAAAAAAAGAGCAGAUUGAUGAAUAAUGAAUAUUGUGGAACCUGUGCUGGGACCGCGAUGACGCAUCUCUGAAAACGCCCCUGGAAUAACAUGGGAACAUCUGGACUCUUGUAGUGAUUUUUUUCUGGU